AUGAAACAUAAAGUUAUUCUUGAUCAAACAACGAGGAAUAGAAAUAUUCAACAUCAUUUGAAUGAGCUUGAACGUGAUAAUUAUGCAGAAGUACCAGAACUUGAAAUUGUCUCUGGAACUAUUACAAAACCAAGACGUACUUCCGAAGUUGAUACUAGCCAAAAUCGAAAAACAAAAGCAAGAAGCAAAAAACAACUUUUAAGUCAGCUAACAGUUAAAAAAAACCUUAAUGCACUACUCGAAGAAUCGCGAAUUGAUCAGCUUCCUCCAGAUAUACCUACAUAUUUCACUGCUAUAGCAGGACCAUCUAGAUAUCCACCAAGAAAGUUUUGUUCAGUAUGUGGAUAUUUGUCAAACUAUAGUUGUAAAACAUGUGGAAUGAAAUAUUGUAGUGUGAAAUGCCUAGAAAUUCACGAAGAGACUAGGUAA